AGUACGACAAAAAGUGUUUAUAACAACGAUAUUCAUGUAGUGUUUGUUUACCGAUAACUUUGUUUUCAACACAAAAAACUUUAAUUUUAUCGUAAAUUCAAUUGAAAUCCGUUUAACAGUUAACAAGAUCUGGAUCAAUUGUCGGUGAUGUGGGACACACCUAACCGGCGACACUACCGGCGCUCAUACCGUACGGCUCCGCCCAAACUCAUCCCAUCCAUCAUCGCAUGUCAGGCGUCCGUAUGUCUCGUAUUCUUCGGCAUAUUUCUGGUGAUCGCCGGAAGUAUCAGUCGAUUCGUGGCCGGAGACGACACGCCGUCCUCUAAGGAGUUCGACACACCCUUCUUCAGACAGCAUCAGCAGGAGUUCGCCAAAGGACCCCGUCUUGUAGGGACAAUACUGUUGACAAUCGGAUCGUUGAUGAUAGUGAUAGCUAUCAGUGGAUUCGUGGCCGCAUUCUUCCUCUAUCGCAGUUAUGAGAGGGAGAGACGUCUGGCGAUGAUGUCUCAGCCCAACCCACACACCAUUGCCAACCCGCAGACUGAGGGCCCGGUGCCCACCAGUGGCGUCGACUAUCCCUAUCCCACGCAAGUGGGCUACCAAUACGGACCCGGAUAUCAAGCGGUGUCUCAGAAUGUGGUCUAUAACGCGACAACUGAGCCAAACGCGCCCACCAUUUAGAUGUGACCACUCACUAGUUAGGCCGUACCCAUGCCUAUGCCAUACGUGCCAUUGCGUGUACUAAUCAAAGCAUACAUUUGUUUUUUAUAUGAAUCUCAAUAAUUGUCUUCAUUUCGGUUUUAAUCAACGACUCUAUAGUUGAAAAAUGUUUGACUUUUAAAAUCAUUUAGUAUUUUAAUUAUCAAAUCAAUGAAUCUCAA